GUCCGUAUUCGAUUACGAGGCUCAGCGAAUUCACCGAUUCAUCCUUAUGGUGGUCGAUGCUGAUGAUCGGCGUGCUUUCGCGAUUCUCACAGUGAAUGUGCUGGACGAAAAUGAUAACACACCACAGUUCAUUGUUCCAACAGUCGAAGUAUCGGUAUCUUCUGACUGGCAGCCUGGCGAGCCUGUACUAAUGGUAAGCCAAUUAUGUGGAGAUGCGGGAAGAAGGGAGGCGUGGUUUCUCCAGUGGAUGCAGCUGAAAUGGCUCAUUUCAAAUCUGAGCAACACAACAGACUCUUGGUUAUUUUUUACUGAGAGAGGACUGAGCUGUUUUUAUGCUGUUUUUAUGCGUUUUGUGAUGUGUAAUAGCAGUACAAAACGCAUAUUAUCACGGGGUUGUCUGUGUGUGUGUGUGUGUGUGUCCGCAGCAACUUGUCCGCAGCUUUCAACUCGGGAACCACAAAAGCUAGGAAGCUGA